AUGGCAUUUGCACCACUGCACUGGGUUCAUUCCACCAUAGUUUCUCCUCUCCUUAUCGGGCGCGGUCGAACAUCGGAGAGACAUGGCAAUGUGAAGGAGAGCAUGGUCGCUUUUACCCAAUGGGGCCUUUACCUGAAUAUUCCCUACAUCGCUUGCGCCCUUCGUGAGUACCAGAUCCAAUCUGGUAUGUCUACUAUCAUUGCACCACCGCGUGUCUCCCCUUACGUGUUGCACGAGGGCUUCAUCGUGCAGCAGGUUCAGUAUCGCAGAGCCCAAGGACUCCGACGGGGCACCUUCUUCACUCCAGUUUGUCUCUGGGGUGUUGAAAUCCCGAGGAUCAGUAGUUUUCCACUGUGCCGAGCGGCCGUUCGUAGCGUGAGUAGCAGCGCAUCAUCCUCGUUGGCCAUGGAUGAUAGGCUUCUGUAG